AGUGUGUGUGUGUGUGUGAGCAAGCCCGUGUGUGGAUUAAACGCUGAGGAGUUUGGCUGCCAGAGAAAGACGUUAUUGUUGUGACUUUCUCCUCCUUCCUUUGCUCCCACCCUCUCUGAGAGAAUCUCUGAGGAACAGAACCAGAGAAAACGCAUACAGCUUGGAGGAGGCUCAUUUGUAUCAGAACCGGACUGGCGUGAGGAGGAGGAGGAAGAGGAAGAGGAAGAAGAGGAGGAGGAAAGGGGGAAGGAAGAGUCCUGGAAGUUAAAACAUACAUAGGCAGGAGGAAGGGCAGGUGGCAACAGAUAACUAUCUAGACCAUGAAGGGGGUUGCCAGGCUGAUUUUCCCACUCCUUCUUGUGCUGAUCUGUGUUGUGAAUGGACAAAGGCGAGUCAGACCUCCAAAGAAGCGUCCAACUCCCCCACCCUCUGAACCAGUGGAACCUACAGAGUUGCCUCCACCUCUGCCACCAGGACCUCCCUCAGUUUUCCCAGACUGCCCCAGAGAAUGUAUGUGCCCUCCAGAUUUCCCUUCAGCCCUUUACUGUGACAGCCGCAACUUGAGAAAAGUGCCAUUCAUCCCCUCCAGGAUCCAUUAUGUCUACCUACAGAACAACUUCAUUGAUAAGCUUUCUGAAGAGUCCUUCAAGAAUGCCACAGACCUGCGGUGGAUCAACCUGGAUAAUAACCGCAUUGAGACAGUGAACAAUCGAGUGCUGGAGAAGUUGGACAGACUUGUCUUCCUGUACAUGGAGAAGAAUAAUCUUAAAGAAGUACCCAGCUAUCUGCCUCCCAAUCUGGAACAGCUUCGACUGAGCAGGAACCGGAUCCGGAAGAUCCCUGAAAAUGCAUUCAACAAGCUGGACCAUCUCCUCCUCUUAGACCUCCAUCACAAUGAGCUGAAUGAUGGAAACAUCAAAAAGAAUACUUUCAGGGGGCUGAAGAACCUCAUGCAGCUCAACUUAGCUCACAACAGGCUACAUAAGAUGCCACCUGGGGUUCCCAAAGCCAUCCACCAGCUCUUCCUAGAUGAGAACCAAAUUGACAACAUCCCCAGCAACUACUUUAAAGAUUUCUCCAACUUGGCUUUCAUCAGGCUUAACUCUAAUAAACUCUCUGACAAAGGGCUGCCCAAGAACUCUUUCAACCUUACUAACUUGCUGGUCUUGCACCUGGCGCACAACAAUCUCACCAACAUCCCCUUGAUUAGUACCAAGCUGGAGCACCUCUACUUGAAUGACAAUUCGAUUGAAAAAAUUAAUGGGACCCAGAUAUGCCCCACUUCGUUGUCAAGUUUACAUGAAUCAUCCUCAGAUCUGGAAAAUGUGCCCCGUCUCCGCUAUCUGCGCCUAGAUGGCAACCAGCUGAAGCCGCCCAUCCCCUUGGAUCUCAUGAUGUGCUUCCGACUCUUACAGUCUGUUGUCUUCUAGGCCUUGCAGCAAUCGCCACUCUUUGGAACUUUGGCUUUGCGCAGUGACUUGAUUCCAGUCUAUGUUAGACAUGGGGAAAUAUAUCUUAACAUCUCUACCCUGCCCUUACCUCCCCGGUGCCUUCUCUUUGCUGCUCCAUUCUGCUUCCCCUUCUUUGGCUGUAAGAAGCUCUGUCCUCAGUGCAGUCCCUCCUUUAUGCAGCAUCCAAUGGAGGCUCUGUGCCCUUGAGUGUUGCACAGGUUCACUUGUACAUGCAGUUUCCAGAAAACAGCUAGAAGUCACAGUAACAUUGGUGUCUUCCAUACGGUUCCUUUAGAUGAGUAGAUCUCUAAUGGAGAAAGGAGCAUACAUGGAUGCAUCAAGCAUGCAACAUCUGUGUGUACUGACUUGCUGCUUAGAGUUGCAGAUAGAGUUACUGGCCCCAGAAAUGCAGCAAGUUUUUGUUUUUUGUUUUACUUUAAAGGGCAGGCUUGUUGUACCUGUCAGAGGAGGAAAGGCUAUUCCUUUUCAUGCAAAGUGAUUCAGUGUGCCCAGUAACAGUGUGGGGCUAAGGAAAGGAAUAUCAAAUUGUAUUUAUACGUGGAAGUCAUAAAUGUAUCUUAGUAGGAAACUCAUCUUGUUGCAUACGCUAAAAGAUACAUGAAACAGACAGCAGUGUACUUUAGAGUCUUGUGAGAUGUACUGUAGGUACAAUCGGGAGCGACAGACAACUCACACUACGCCCGUUUGUGCCCUUUAGGGUGGUCCAGGUGAUGCAGCAACAUACUGUGGGAAUGUUCUGAAUGACCGAGUGCAGUGGGACCACCAGGAUCUGGGUCCUGGCAGCUCAGGGUCAAAGCAGACUUCCUAAUUCCCAGCCCCAUAAUCUGGCUCCACACUAAUUUUGCUGCUGUGACUCAACUGCAGUACUAGAGAGAAUUUGCCACAGCGCACGGUCACCUACAUGGGUCAGCAAGUUGCAUUGUUCAUGAAGAUCUCCAGGAUAUCUCCAUGCUUGCUGCUGUUGCUGUUGUCUUUGCAUGAUGUAUCCCAGACCAUAUGAUACACCCCAUUGCAAUUUUCCUUUCAUCAGUGGCCUUGGGACUUAUCUGGGCAAUACUAGGUCUCCUUCCCUGAAAGUCAGUGCAUCACUAAAGGAGUAUUUACAUUCACUUAAUGUCCCUAGCAAAGGUCACCAAGGAACUGCCUCCCCACUCCUCAGAGUACAUCCCUUAAAACUCUGAAACAGAACACUAUCCCCAGCCCCAGUUACUUGAGAGGAGAAGCAAUAGCAUGUGCAAAUAUACUUGAGAGGAGCUGUACAAAAGUACAAGCCUUGACUGCGUUGUUGGACUAGAAGCAAUCCACAGGUAUCAGCUGACUUUCCAUGACUUAUGGGAGUGAACCCCUCCCUAGAGGGGACAGGUGCAACAGUAUACAUUUGAAUUGGCAAUCCAUAACUCAAUUCAAACACUCUGCUCCUUUCUUCCAGUACUUUGGGUGCCUUCUGUGGCAAACAUAGAGAAAGUAGAAGAGGUAUAAGGUGGUUCAUUGAGAGCAAAUCAAGCAAACUCCAAACCUUUAAAAAGAGACUCUUCCUUAAGCAUUGUGGACUUUCACCUAGUCUCCAAGAAUUGCAUUGUAUAAAUACAUCUGGGGACUAACAGAUCAUAAAAGAACCUUCCGAAUCAUGUUUUCUGCAAUAAACAGUGCAAUCCUCUGCACACACCCCUGGCAGUUAACCUCCACAACAGAGCUUAACUUCUGUGUAAAUAUGCAAGGGAACUGCAACAUGAUAAAUGAAGGAUCCAUAUCAUUGAGUGAACUAUUCUGAACAUGUGGCUCUGUGGGAGAAGUGGGAUGCCACUUCUUUUUAAUGGGCAAUAGCCUAUUGUGCCUGUGUGCUCGCAGGACCAACUGCUUGCCAAUCUGCUGUGCCAUUGCUCCAGCCAUCUCCCUACCUACAAAGCCAGCUCCUCAGCUGCUUUACUAACUGAAUAUGUGCUUUAUUAUCUUCUCAUUUGCUCGAGAGGUUCAAGCAACCCUGCUCCCUUUUUUGAAAUCAACAAGGUCAGCCUUCUGAGCUUCUCUGCUAUGCCCUUCUUCCUUUCCUGAGACAACCUAAAGGGGAUGCACUUCCACAGUGCUUUUAAAUGUGCCGUGUUUUCAGCCCUUGUCCCAGGGCCAAGCUAGUUGUGGUGCCAAAUGUGCCUUUGUCUUUAGCAGUCACAUUUUUAGAUGCACACAGCAGCUGCAGGAGUUGGGGACUGAAAAUGAUGGAGAUCACAGCAGGCAGAGAUUUAAGGCAGCCAAUAUGCAUUGCCAAAGAAGAGGAAAAGUACCACCAAAAAGAAAGACACUGUUGUGCACAAUAUGUCCAUAUGCUAAUUUGGAAUUGUAUGCCUAGGCACAAAUUUUUAAAAAACCACUAUGAUUUAGAUAGCAAUAGAAUACAUCUCACCAUAGUGGUGAGGAACCUGACCAAGCUUGCCUGUGUGCCCACUCGCCCUGUUGCUCAGGUGCAAACGUGGAUCACCAGCUUUAAGGCCACCCUUUUCUCCCUCUGGUUGUCUAGACAGCCAUUCAAAUGACUGUUCUCAGAUAGCCCUUAAGCAGAGGAUGUCCUCUGUAAAGUAGGAGACAUGGUAACCCUGUGAGGGACUUGAAGUUUACCCAUUGUCACCAUAUUAAAUGCAAAGGUGCAGUUAACUUCAGGCCAGAUUUGGUCUUCACUUCAUCUUGUAUCAAGCUUGUAGAGUCAGUCAUUAUUUUUCCUAUUUUAUGAUGGAAGAACUGGAGUUUAGAAAUGUGGGGGGAGGGGGGUACACUCAAGGUGACAGAACAAAGGAUUUGUACUUAAGUUGUCUAGCUGCAGGAUUUGAUUCACCAGGCCACACCGAAACCUUGAAGUUUAAAUGCUGGCCUCUUUCUACCCAGGCAGUUCAGGACAGAGUCUGAUAGUUGUCUGCUGUAUUCAGAGGCAUACCUUUUAAAGUGAUUUUGAGAGCACUGCCCAUCUGAAUAUGCUAUAUGAGGACUAGUCAUCUCUGAAACUUAUCCAGAGUUGCAUCCUUGCACAGAUCCUGAUUUUAAUUACCACCACCAUCACCUAGGAUUCCAUUCAGAAAAUAGUUCAGGAAAUGUUAUAAUCCCCAGGUAACAUUUCCAUGUAAAGGUGUUUGCAUAGGUGUUUUAAAAUGUCUGCAUGUAAGCACACACCUUUGCAUCAGAAAGACCCCAGUGGGUGAACAGAAUGUAAGACUUUCCUAUUUUAUGGACCUGUUUGAAGCACCAUGGCCCAGUUCCCUUCUCCUGCAGUUUAAUCACAUGAUGCCUAUUAAGUUAUAUUUGCUCAAUUCAUUGCCAUGACUCAAGUAACUUUUGGGCCUUAUUAUUCACUUUGCCCCAGGAACAAGGCUCUUUGCAAUAUGUUCUAAAACCUUCUUUAAAGCAAAUGAACUCUACUUUUUCACUAUAGUCGCUGAGUGAAACAGAGCCCACUGUGGGUUUCUUGAAAGACAACUAGGUUCUGGAUCUACAUGUAAGUUCUGCAAUUGAGAUCCUUUAAAAUAUUUUCACAAUUCCAAGCUGAGUUUUUAUAACUUUUAUGAACCCCAGAAAAUUUGAGGAUUUAAAUUCAUUGGCCUUUGUCAGGACUGCUUCUUUCACCUAGGAUUUGAAGAGGUUGUUCUAUGCCUUUGGCUUCCCAGAGCUCCAAAGCAACAGUGUGGGGAUUAGUUUCCUAUGCAUGACACAGGGCUGGGAAAUUAAGACAACUUUCUAGUAUUUGAACUACAAAUCUACAGAUGGACCAUAGCAGAAAUAGAGGCCCGUUACAACACAUUCACUAAGCCUGAGCUUGUUUCCCAGAGAGAGCCCCUGCACCUGUUCAACCAUCAGAUAGGUCCAAGAUCUUGUACUGUUUGUCUGGUGCUCUUUCAUAAUUCCAGUGGCAAAACUGCCUCCAAAUUGCUUCAAUUCCCUUUACUUCUCAUGGAUGUCAGCUUCCCAAAUUUUGGUGCACCAUACAUUUCAAAGGCUAAAGAGGAAUUUCCAGCUACAGGAAAAUUCCGCACUCAUUAAGGGUUUUGUAAAAGUCCCUUAACACUCAGGUGAACAGUCACAAUAAUUAGGAUGGUCAAGAACAGCACAAUAUGCUUUCUCUUCCAGUUACGUCAGUGCAAACUAACAUAACCCCACUGAUAUUUGUUGAGUUACUCUGGAUUUAUGCUUGUAACACUUGGACUAUGGUAGGAAGGGUAGCUAUACAGUUUAAAUCUCUUUGACACUGUUGGCCACACUUGUCUGAAAGAAUCUCAUAAUGUUUCUUUCCCUCUCCCUAUCGCUACAAGCCUUUAUGCUUUCUUUAUUCCUCUCUGAUGUAAAAAUUCACCAGUAUCUCUUUCACAAAAACUUCUGUUAUAUUGUUCCUUGUUCUUGCUCUCCUCUCCUUUUAUCUCCUGCUAUAGGUUACACUAAAGCACCAUGAAAAUCAAUCAUUUAUUAAACAUAAAUGGAGCUCUGCAGCCAACAAUAUAUACAAUCCACUCCCUUCUAGCUAGCUACCCCAAUCUCUGCCCUUUUCCAACCCACUUUUUGGUUGGAGUCAUAUUUUAAAACCCCUGCAAGUCAACAGGGGAUUCUGGAUUUUGCCCCUAAUGACCAAACAACCUCAGUCCAUUGGACACUUUCCCUGAUAAAACUCAGCAUACCCCACUGGUACCCAUGUUGGGGCUGGGCGUGCUUGGGAUCACAUAUUUUAACAGUAAUGCAGGCAUGAAACUUGCUUUUAAUUUAAUCUAUCUUUCUAUGGUGCCUCCUUUGGCCUUCUGUUACACCAGUGCAAACUAGCAUAAUCCCACUGAUAUUUGUUGAGUUACUCUGGAUUUAUGCUUGUAACACUUGGAAUAUGGUCUUCUGGUUUCUUUUUAUAUCCUAUUAAAUCUGUUCUGUAAGUUUCAACUUCGUUUGCUUCAAAUAGAGACAUUUGCCAUUCUACAUUUGGUCUCCUUGAACAAGGCCAUUAGCAGGUGAUACUUUUAAUCUCUAUGCCAUGAAAAACUUUAGCUUUUCUGCUGCAUUUCAAACUAUGCUAAAGUCAGAAAGGCAGACCAGGUUAUUUUUUUUAAUUGAUCACUCCGUAUGACGAAGGCUACGAUCAGUGUCUGAGAGUGGGAAGGGCAAACUGGAGGGGCUCAGCAGCAGUGAAUGGGGACGUUGUAUAGACAAUAAACAGAGUUGGCAACA